GAAUUUCCUGGAGAAGAGCUGCUCCAGCCCCCGCCCCCGCCCCCACCCCCCACCCCGGGUUUCGGCCGAAUCGAUCCAAGGAAACGAAUCACUGCCUACCACACCAAUUCCCCCGCAGAUCCUCCGCGAUUGAUGAGUAUUCCUCCCCCACUCUCUUGGUGGAGCGACUUGGAUUUGGAUGCGAGGGAGCUCCCUUCUCUCCGAUCUCCCCGCCCCCCGUAAACGCCUUUCGCCUCCCGCCGCCGGAGAUAGUCCCAUGGGCUAGGGACUCCACCUGCAGCCACCAGCGGCGGGCCGGAGCCUUUUCCGAUCUGCCCGUAUCCUCUUUUCGCUCUAGAAGCCCCUCAGCUGUGUUGUUGGAGCCUAGUACAGUAUAUCACAAGUGUUGUCAAUAGUUACUCUACAGCUUCCGAUUGGCCACGCGAAUGCUGUGUCCGGAUCCCUCUUUAGGUUGUUUAUUUAACUUGGGAGGGUAAGGAUUGGCUUAGUUGUGUGUGUCUUUUCGGGCGAUUGUUACCCAGAUUGUACUGUGCCAGCUCAGCUUCUUGUUUAUCCUGGGUUAUCACUUACUGUGAGUGCUGAGGAGACAAACUGAAGCUUUGAUUUGUUCUUCCCAUUUGGAUAUCCUCUAUCGGGGACAUAUUCUUGGCAACACUCUGCUGCCCUCUAAAAGAUAUUCUUUGCUCUGAAUUGAUUUCCUUUGUGUUAAUGUUACUAAUAGUGGUGAGGACAUAUUCCCACCUGCACAGCCAGUUGGAAACAUGGGUUCCUCGCAAGAAUCCACAUUUUCAUCUGCCUCAACCGCCGCACAAGUGAAUGCUUUGGGCUUACUACCUGUCUAUGCCAAGGAGCUUAUUGCUGGUGGUGCAGCUGGUGCAUUCGCAAAGACUGCCGUCGCGCCACUUGAGAGGGUAAAGAUCUUAUUGCAGACAAGAACCCAAGGGUUUCAAUCCCUUGGGAUUGUCCAAUCCUUGAGGAAGCUGUGGCAAUACGAGGGAAUUCGAGGUUUCUACAAAGGAAAUGGUGUGAGUGUGCUUCGGAUUGUUCCAUAUGCAGCAUUGCAUUACAUGACAUAUGAGCAGUAUAGGUGCUGGAUACUGAAUAAUGCGCCAUCAGUGGGUACAGGACCUGUGGUUGAUCUGUUCGCUGGCUCAGCUGCUGGCGGAACUGCAGUUCUGUGUACCUACCCUUUAGACUUGGCUAGGACCAAGCUGGCAUACCAGGUUUCAAAUGUAGCCCAACCUGUCAAUUCAUUGGGAAAUUUUGGCCGCCAACCAGUAUAUAAUGGUGUAAAGGAUGUUUUUAAAACUGUUUACAAGGAAGGAGGUGUACGAUCUUUGUACCGUGGGAUAGGCCCAACCUUGAUCGGUAUUCUUCCAUACGCGGGUCUGAAAUUUUACAUAUAUGAGGACCUAAAAUCUCGUGUUCCAGAAGAUUACAAGAGAUCUGUUAUAUUGAAGCUCUCUUGUGGGGCUUUGGCCGGUCUUUUUGGACAAACCCUCACUUAUCCACUGGAUGUUGUCCGAAGGCAAAUGCAGGUUCAGAACAAGCAGCCCCAGAAUGCAAAUGAUGCCUUCCGCAUAAGAGGAACAUUUCAGGGUCUCUUUCUUAUCAUUCGGUGCCAGGGGUGGAGACAACUGUUCGCUGGCUUGAGCCUUAAUUAUGUCAAGGUUGUCCCUUCAGUUGCUAUUGGUUUCACCACAUAUGACAUGAUGAAAAAUUUGCUGGGAGUACCUCCACGCGAGAAAGCUCAUCCGUUGACUGGUAACAGCAACAAAUGAAGCAACAUCGACCUAUUUGCGUUGUGGGUCUCAUUUGUAAGCUAUGUUGCAUAUGAUGGUCUUAAUAGCAACUUAACUGUUACAUUUGUAAGAAUGACAGCCCAGUUGAGCAUUUGAGCUGCUCCAGACUUGGAUAUGAUUGUAUACUGAUUGUGCUUCUUGAAUAAUUGAAUUGAUAAAUCAUUUUAUUUGUGA